AUGGCGGCGAAGGAGUCGAAGGGCGGGGAGAACGCGCUGCUGGACGCGGCGAAGAACUUCAUGGCGGGCGGGGUGUCUGCGGGGGUGUCGAAGACGAUCGUGGCGCCGAUUGAGCGGGUGAAAAUGCUAAUUCAAACUCAAGAUUCAAUUCCAGACAUAAAAGAAGGCCGGGUGCCGCGCUAUACGGGCAUAGGGAACUGUUUCGUGCGGGUUUCGCGGGAGCAGGGCGCGCUGUCGCUGUGGCGGGGGAACCUGGCGAACGUGAUCCGCUACUUCCCGACGCAGGCGUUCAACUUCACCUUCAAGGACACUUUCAAACGCAUUUUCCCCAAGUACGACCAGAAGAAGGAGUUCGCGAAGUUCUUCCUGGCGAACGUGGCCUCGGGGGGGCUCGCGGGCGCGGCCUCGCUCACCGUGGUCUACCCGCUGGACUUUGCGCGCACGAGGCUGGCCUCCGACGUGGGAAAGGGGGCCGCCAGGGAGUUUUCGGGUCUGCUGGACUGUUUGCAGAAAGUGUAUUCGCGGACGGGCUUUUUGUCGCUGUACCAGGGCUUCGGGGUGUCUGUACAGGGCAUCGUGGUGUACCGCGGCGCGUACUUCGGGCUCUUCGACACCGCAAAAGCAGUUCUUUUUUCCGACAAAACCAAAAGCAACUUGUUCCUGAAGUGGGCCGUGGCCCAGAGCGUCACCGCCGCCGCAGGAGUCGUCUCUUACCCCUUCGACACUGUGCGCAGGCGCAUGAUGAUGAUGGCUGGCCGCAGGGCCACUGAGGACAUUCAGUACAGCUCCACCUUCGACUGCUGGGCCAAAAUUCUCGCCCAGGAAGGGCCCCGCGGCUUCUUCAAGGGCGCCUGGGCCAACGUCCUCCGCGGCGCCGGCGCCGCCCUCGUCCUCGUCUUCUACGACGAGUUCCAGAGGCUCCUCAUGUGA